GAACAUUUUGAAAAUGAUGAUGAAGAGGUUUUUCUGGCUUCAAGAAAGUUUUUUCGUCUAAUUUCCUUGUCUAGAUAAUUUUGCCAAGAAGAAACGAAACGAGCAAAUAGUAACUGUUGCUACAUUUCCCACUGAGUUUCCAAUUAAUUAUUUUCGAUUUUUGGUUGCAAAAAUAAUGGAUCCCAUCAAUAAUGGUGAUAAUGAUGAUAAAUAUCGUUGGAUAUUAGAAAAUCUAUGUCAUGAAUAUAGAUUUGCAUUCGAUUCAUUAAAAGAAUUAAUGAUACAAAUCAAUCUAUCGGGUCAACAGGAUCAAAUUAUAAAUCAAAACGAUUAUAAUCGAUAUCAAAACGAUAUAUCGAUUAUUGAUUCCAAUUUAUAUCAAUUAUCAUCACAUUAUGGUAAAUAUUAUUUGUCAUUUCCUUUGUUUUUUUAAAUUCAAAAAUUCAAUUCAAUUCAAUUCAAAGAAACAUUAUUAUCAUCAUCAACAUCGACAUCGACAUCAAUCAAUGAUACAACAUCCAAUCACAAUCAUUAUUAUUACUAUAAUGAUUCGAUGGAUAUUUCUUCAGCGUUGUCAUUCGAUCAAAACGAGAGAAAUUCAUCAUCAACGAAUGUAGAAAAUCAAAACAAUAACAAUCAUUAUUUUGAAUCAUCGUCAUCGUCAUCAUCAUGGAAUUCAAAUUUUGUUUUUCUCCGAAAAACAGCCAACAAAAACAAAACAAUAACAAACAAAUCAUCAUCAACGAAAAAAUUGAAAACAACUAUCAAAAAUAAUCAGGAAUCAAGAAUUUGGUAUAAAUGUGGUUGGGAUGGUUGCAGUUUUGGUAGUUUUUAUAAUGGUGUUGUUAAACGUCAUAGUUUUAAACGACAUAGUGGCUUGAUUAAAAUAGAUAAAUCAUCAAAUUUAUCGAUGCAUCGUUUUAAAUGUGAUUGGCCUGGUUGCAAUGUAUCACUUGUUGCCUAUCAUAAAUUAGUCGAACAUAAACGUAAACAUACUGGUGAAAAACCAUUUCGUUGUAAAUGGAAAUCUUGUAAUUAUGCAACAGCACGUCUUUAUAGUAUGAUUAUACAUGAACGAACACACAAAUUGGAUUCAUUCUUCUAACCAAAAUCAAUCAAUCCAGUUAUUCAUUUCAUUAACUCAAUGUGAAAGACAAAACAGUCAGUCAAUCAUCAUCAUUAUUGACCCUUAAUAGAUUUUCAAAUGUUAUUUCCUAUAUCGAUCAAAUAAUUAUAAUGAUGAAGUUGAUGAUCAAUGACAUUCAUCAAAUGAUCAUCAACAGUGAAAACACUUUCAAGGAUCUCGAUCUCACACACCAAUCAACAACAGUUGACACUAAUUGUCAUCAAACUUUAGCUAAAGAAA